AUGCCUGUUAAGAAAGGAGAUUUUCUCCGAGUCAUCGACUCCGCUACCGUCACUCACAUACAGGUGCACAUUAUUUGGCAGCAAUCCUUGCAAAGCAGAUCUCAGGAUUACUACAUUGUCACCUACACCAACAUUACACGCGCGUCGGAGGACGAACACUCGGGACUGCUCUACAUUCAGAAGGACAUGCUCGAUGAUUUCAGGGCAAAGCAUGUCCCUGGCGAGAAGGGGAUUACAUUCAUAGUCGAUGACACCUUCCAGUACGGCCAAGAUACGACCCACAGUCACCGUUGGCUUGCAUUUCAUGACAAGAGCCAGAAGAUGUAUCAGAACCGCUUCUUCGAAAGGAUGGGAAGCGUGAAAUUUUCUGAUGCGGUUAUAGAGAUGGCAGACAAGGACGAGUACCUUCGCGACUUCUGA